AUGUCUUUCACAGCGUAUGAUGCCCUCGCUUUUGCCGGACUGCGAGCUAUAGACGUCUUGGUCUUUGCUAUGAGCAACAUUAUCAUGGCUCUCGGCUACUUCUUUGUCAAUUACCCUCAGGCCUCCACUUUGGCUAUCUCGCUUGUGGCGAUCUACAUAACUUACAAGAUGUUCAGAAGAAUCCUCAGGUUUUUUGUCAAUGUUGUUUUAACCAUGAUCAAAUUGACCACGGUGUCUUUGGUCUUAUUGAUGCUUCUUGCCGUUUAUGUUAGAGGUUUCGAACGAUUUUUCACCAAGGACAUUUACUUCAUCAAGGAAUUGUUAUUCUCCAAGGUCGAGGCCUCCGACCAGGCAUUCAAGCAGUAUGCUUACAAGAUCAUGAAUGACGAUGGAUCUGAUUAUUUGCAUGGAGUCAAGGAUUUUUUCGAGAGAAGCUCUUUUCACAUUGAUGAGUCUUACAUCAAUCAGUUUGCAGGCUCUCCUGACAGCAUACGGGAGAGCUUGAACAGAGGCUUUGAGUCCGUUCAAGGAGCCUUUGGAGAGGAAGGCUUGCGCAACCUCAACAACUUCUUAAAUAACCUUAAUCACUAG